AUGAUAUAAGGUAUUGCAAGAAAGGCUAACCUAGAUUCAAGACAACCAAGAGCCUCUAUAUUUGAUAAGGAUUCGUUGCCUUUUGAAAAUUAUGUGCCGUUUCAAAACCCACUCAAAAUAAAAAGGAAAAAAAGCAAAAAUAUCAUCGAUCCUUAUCAUAGUAGCAAUAAUUAAGAAGACGAUCAAAACUAAAGAUAGCUUUUUAGAAUAAAUAGCUUUGUCGAAGAACCAAAGCAGGAAUCACCAGUAAACAUUAAAAUGCGUAGAGCUUUGCAAAGAAAGAUUUUGACUGAGAUAGAGGAUGAAUCUAACAAUAUUAAAAAUGAGCUUAGACUAAUAAUAGCAGGUUAAAACUUGAUAGAAAGAGACAAUUAGUAACGAAGAGAAAACGAGUAAUUCAAUGAAUAUUUUGUGGAACUCAUAAAACAUAUAUACAAAUUGAAAUUCAAUCUAAACUAUUAAAUGGACAGCUCUAAAAUCUACAAGUAAAUGAGUUUCACGAUUCCCACUCAAGAGUAUAAAGUAUUCCAGGAAAAUAUGAAGAAAAGAGAGGGACCUAAUAAAUUUUAGAAAGCUGUAUCUACACUAUCUAAAAAUAGCAAGUUAACUUCCCUGCUGUCAAAUAUUGUGAUGAAGAAACAGAGUUUGCAGUCAUUCAGCAGAAAAUAAUCUCAACACCUCCCAAAAAUUAGUAACUAUAAUGCAUUCAGAGAGUCCUACUUGAGAGCCAAGCAGCGAGGAGUAACCAAACACAAUCACCAUAGAUGA